AUGAGAGUCCCCAUCAUCCUCAGCCUCGCCCUGGCAGUGCGGGUGAAGGUGGGCUUCGCACACGUUCUCCUGGACGAAGGGUUUCAACUGUUGGAAAAGCGAGCCUCCUGCGGCUCCGGCGUCGGCUCGUGCCCUUCGGGUGGUUGCUGUUCUGAGUCGGGUUUCUGUGGCACCACCGAGGAGUAUUGCGCCGCUCCUGGUUGCCAGCUCACUUACAGCAGUGGAUGUGAUACCUUUAAGAAGCCAAUCGGCGACUCCACGGAGAAUGUUGCUCGUCCCAAGCUUGGGAGUGUACCCUAUGGCACCAUCAUCACCCAGUGCACCUCGCCCGGCCAGAUCGCACUGACCUAUGACGACGGCCCCGAGAGCUUCACGAGCGAGCUUCUCGACAAGCUGGACACCCUCGGCGUCAAGGCCACCUUCUUCGUCUCCGGCAACAACGUGGGCAAGGGCGAGAUCGACGGCUGCGGCAACUCGUGGGCCGCCAUCGUCAAGCGCACGUACGACUCGGGCCACCAGAUCGCGCACCACACCUGGACGCACCAGGACCUCGAGGCGGCCAACAGCACGAUCCGCAAGACGGAGAUGAUCUACAACGAGAUGGCCUUUCGCAACAUCUUUGGCUGGUUCCCGACGUACAUGCGCCCGCCGUUCCUGUCGUGCGGCUCCAACUGCAUGAGCCUCAUGAGCCAGCUCGGCUACCACAUCAUCAGCACCAACCUCGACACCAAGGACUACGAGAACGACUCUCCCACGCUGAUCCAGGUCUCCAAGAACAGGUACUCGUCUGGCGUGUCCAACACUUCCACGUCGAACAGCUACAUCGUCCUGAACCACGACACCCAUGAGCAGACCGUCACCACCCUUACCGACUACAUGGUCCAGACGGCCAAGGACCGCGGCUACAAGCUCGUCACUGUGGGUGAGUGUCUCGGCGACCCCAAGGAGAACUGGUACCGGUCCGCGGGCUCGGGCGGCGCGUGCACUCCUGCCGGCGGUGCUGGCAACAACACCGGCGGCAGUAGCAGCAGCAGCAGCAGCGCAGCAUCUUCAGCAGCAUCGUCAUCAGCUGCAGCGUCGUCCGCGGGCUCGAGCUCUUCGACCACGGGGCCGCCGAUCAAGGUACCAGUAACGACAACUUCCAGCGUUGCCGCUUCUUCCAGCUCCUCCAGCUCCUCCAGCGCCGCCGCUUCCGCGAGCUCCUCGGGCUCGGCCACGAUCUCCAAGGAUCAGAGCUGCGGCGGCACCAACGGGUAUACUUGCAAAGGCUCCGCCUACGGCAACUGCUGCUCCGCCUAUGGGUGGUGCGGCUCGUCUCCGGCGUACUGCGGCACUGGCUGCAACCCCAAGUACGGAACUUGUGAUCCCACCUCCGAGACCCUCACGAACACUACUGUCGGUCUGUGUGGCCCAAGCUAUAAUGCGACUUGUCUCUACUACGGAACAAAGACUUGCUGCUCAAAGUACGGAUAUUGCGGAAAUACGGCAGCAUACUGCGGUGCUGGGUGUCAACCAAAGUACGGAACCUGCACCGCAUGA